UCGUAAGAUUCCUCCUUCGUCUUCCUUCUCAAAAAGACUUGCUUUUGCUUCCUCACCUGCUGGAUUCCCAAAAUUCUGAAAUUCGUAAUCGGAAAUGGGAAAUGCCCUGAGAUUUCUAUAUGCCAAUUGUUGCAAGCCUAGCGCUUCGGAGUCGGAGUCGCUCGGACCUCACGGCGUCUCCACCUCCACCGUCGGCGUCUCGGCUCUCGCUCACGAUCUUUUCCACUUUGAAAUCACUUCCCAAGUUCCUGAAAAGCUCAGCCAGCAUGUUGUCUCAUCCAAGAAGGCUCAGGCAAAUUGGUAUAACAAACUACUGGAGGCAUGGAGAGAAUCAAAAUCACCACCAAAAACACCUGAAGAGGCAGCUAGGCUUGUGAUUCAGACCCUGAAGAGACACAAAAAGGCUGAUGUUGAGGGGCUUCUAGCUUUCUAUGGUCUCCCUCUUCCUCACACUCUGGUUCAAAUUUCAUCUGAGUUUCCAACUUCACUGCCCCAAGGAGUGAAGUUUGAAUUGCAGACACUUCCGGUGGACGUUAAAGCCGUGGCAGAUGGGGAUACCAUAACUGUUUACGUGAGUUCUACCGACCCAAGGGAGUCAGCCUCUGUUCCUGGGGAACUACAAAUCUUAGCUGUUCAGAGAGCAAAGGCCCGCUCAGAGAGGAACUAUGCAAAGGCAGAUGCACUUCAUGAUAAGAUCAUUGAUGCUGGAUAUCGAGUGCUGAAUUUUCAAAAUGAGGAGGUUCUUGCUAAGAAGUAUCGAAUUCGACUAAGAGGAAUAGAUGCACCAGAGAAUUCAAUGCCAUAUGGGAAAGAAGCAAAGGAGGAGUUAGCUAUGCUUGUUCAGGGAAAGUGUUUGAGAGUCCUAGUAUAUGGAGAAGAUCGAUAUGGACGCACUGUAGGUGAUAUAUAUUGCAAUGGUAUCUUUGUACAGGAAAUAAUGCUCAAGAAAGGGUGUGCAUGGCAUUACACAGCCUAUGACCAGCGCCUAGAAUUUGCAACAUGGGAGAAAGAGGCCAGAGCAAAGCGCAUUGGUUUGUGGGCUUCACCCAACCCAGAGAAGCCAUGGGAUUAUAGGAAGGACCGACGUGAAGGGAGAUGAUAUUGCCAUUAGAGGAGCAAAGUGAUCUUCUGGACAAGUGUGGCCUCCUCUGGGCUGCCCGGAACUCAUAUGAGGCAAGCACCUAAUGCAAAGAAGGCUCACAUUUUCAAGACCAGGGAAUGCUAGCAGAAAAGAGAACACGGCACUAAGAGACGGAAAUUAUGUUUCAUUUUCAUGUAUUGAGCGUAUUUAAGAUUAAUUGUAUUCGCCGGUGUUUACUGCUGUCUUAAGUUGUAAACCAAAUUUUAAGCUCAAAGUGAACUCUCAAAAAUCAACAAGGACAUUGAUUUUCAUCAA